AUGCCGCCUUUCGGGCUGUAUCCGGUUCCAAAGCACCAUCUACAUGCACAAACCCCAUCGAUGGCGCGUCCUAUAUUCAACAGCUUGGACUUCAUGGAUGAGGAGGCGGCGCUACCGGCUAUGCCCGAAGGUGAUCCAGUUCAGCAACUAGAUGGCGCCGUUGAAAGCGAGCGCAAGAGCCUCACGUCAAAGGAGGAAAAGAAAUUGAAAAAGAGAGAAGAGAAGGAGAGGAAGCGAUCCCUGAAUGCGCUUACUGCUCAAGAGGAAGAAAAGGAGAAGACGGCCCCUGUAACUCCUCUAGUCAACCAGACGCCUGCAACGUCGAGUUCCAAGGCGAAGAAAAGCAAGGACAAGAAGAAGGGUAGUCAGCAAGGUGACGCGCGUUCCUCAACCAAGAAGCGCAAGAGAAAGAGUGAGGUUCUCAGCGACACUCCGUUACUACCGCUCCAGAAUCCAAGCGCCACCGACUCUGCCCUUGGUGCGGACUUUCUUGACCGCUUGAAAGCCAGCAUGACCGAUCUUGGGAAGGGCUUUGAUCUGUCGUCCAGCUUCACUCGGUCAAGCGAGCCGCCGUCGAAGAAAAAGUCCAAAUCAAGCCGCAAGAGUGAGGUAAUGAAAGAUCUCAGUAAGGUGACUGGAGAAACGAGCGGUGAGGUGCUGACCACCCCUACGCCGGCCCAGGGCAAGGACAAGAACAAGAAGAACAAAAGCCGCAAGAGCCUGGACAUGAAGACACGCGACACUCCCUUGAAGACACCAAUCCCGUCAACGACGUCGCCUUACUCAUCCGUCCCGAAACGAACGCCUAUCCCGCUCCCACACAAUAUGGAUGUGCGCCGUCCUAGUAUCCUGCGUAAAUCGCAGCAGAGUGUGGCACCAAAUGAACAGACAUCUUCGCAAGUACUUGUGGUCGAAACGCCCCCUUCCAAGAGUACGAACCGGGCAGUGACUAUAACCAAACCGCCCAUCCCCUUUAACCUACCACAGAGAUCUGUCUCCACGACGCCCGGACAUAAUAAGUCAAAGCAUGUUCCGUUAUCGUCCCCCAGUACCGAUGGCGAUCAAACAUCUGCGUUCACGCCUGUGGCUCUUCCAACCACCCACAAACUUGCCAUCAAGCCCAAUGGCCGAGUGUCACUCACCACAUCGAACCUCAUGAGGUACACAGAGCCCUUGAAUGAUGAACCCAAGCCUCGCCCUCGCGCUGCAUCGGUUGCUGCAUCAACCGCCGUUUCAACCGUCUCAUCCGGGUCUUCCAUGAGUAUCAAGGAAGCUUUCGCGCGUAUUUCCAAACCUUACUCCCGCUCCGGUGCUGAGAUCGACCCAUUCGUCGUGCCUGAAGUCAAGAAAAAGACGCAUCGCGAGACGCACGAGGAAGCAAGCCUUGGGGCCUUUACAGAGCAUUUCCGCACCGCACGCAAGACAGUCAACUUUACCGACGAGCGAGAAUACCUUAACGCACAUCUCGACUGGCGCGUCCAGAACGACGCAGCAGGUCCGUUGCCCUGUCUCGGCCUAGCGACAGGCUGCAACGCCAAGCGAGAAACAGUGCUCCGACUGCACAAAGAGGACACGCCUGAUGUGCUCAAAGUUGUAGUCACCACCGACGGGGACCUCAACGCUCUCGAAGACGCCAAGCAGCGCAGCACCGAAGCUGAAACUCUCCUUGAACUAGCCGUCGCUGCACGUAUCCCUGUCCCCAUCGGCCGCGUUGAAGGCGUCUGGACGCUGUUCUGCCCAAAGUACUCAGACACGCAUGUCGACAAGUACGGCUUCGGACAGCGCACACUGACCAUCCACUCCAUCGCUGGCUUCAGGGAUCAGAACGCGUAUACAGCGCGCUUGAGCAUCCCACCCCGUUCCAUGCUGUACACUAUUCUGUCCUUCUCCAUGCCGCCGCAUGCAUCAUUCCGCACGACGACGAUCAAGACGGCGGUGGAAGGGUACAAGAUGGAUGUGGUAUUUCUGGGUAAUGGAUAUUUGCAGCUGCGUGUCGAUCUAAACCUGCUGUUGCGGGGUAAGCCGACGGAGACGGCAGAGGGGAAGCCCAUGUAUAUGGAGUUCGUGGGCGUGCAUGAGCAUGCGGUGAAGUGGAGGGAGGAGAAGGAUGAGUUGGAGGAGGUUGGAAGGAAGUUGUUUGCUAAGUAUGACGGGGAGGUUACGGAGGAUUGAGAUGGGUGUGGAAAGAGAGCGGAACGGUAUUGUGGAUGUAAGCAAGCGUCGCCAGACAGAUUGGAUAGCAAUUUGGCGGUUCUUGAGAGACGUGCCAUGUGGAAUGGCGCCUGACUCCAGGUCAUCGGUAGGUCUAGAGUCCAGCUGUAACAUAAUGACUUCAGAUAGUUGUAACACCCCUUGAUCUCGAUCCAUGGGCUGAUACGUAGGUAGGG